UAUGACAGAUGACAAAUAACAUAACCUUUUAAAUAUUCACGUGUAAAAUAAAAGUCAACAAAAUUGUCAUGUUCCUAGUUUUAAAUAAAAACAUUUUUACAUAAAUUGCAAAAAUAGUAAUAAGUUCAAAUAUCUAUAAUUAUAUUUACGUGUAUCUUCUAACUUGUUUCAAUAAAAUGAGCCAGACUUCAGCAAAAUCUGUUAACUAUCUCGUAGUAGACACUACGGCGUUUAUUCAAAAUGCUCCUUUACAGGACAUUGCAGAAAACAUAAUAACAUGUCCAGAGGUACUUGAAGAAAUUAAAAAUAAAAGGCAACUUAGACGUCUAGUUGUACUUCCUUAUAAUCUUAUUAUUAAGGAAGUAUUUCCUGAAAGUGUUAUUGUAAUAACAGAGUUUUCAAAAAAGACUGGAGAUUAUCCCAGUUUAUCAGCUACAGAUAUUAAAGUGAUGGCUCUUACUUAUCAACUAGAAAAAGAAAAAAUUGGUACAGCCCAUUUAAGAUUAGAACCCAUUAUGCAAAAACCUGAAUUGACAACAGAAAAUAAAACAAUUGAUAUGAAUGCAGAUGUUACAGGAUUUUUCUUACCAGUAGAAGCAAAAAAUGAGGAUAAAGAUGAAUAUUUAAUCAAAGAUGAUGAUAAUGAAAAUGAAUUAAAAGAAAAAUUUGAUACUUCAGUACAAAAGGAAGAAAUAAUUCAAAAACUAGACGAAUUAGAAUUAUUAGAGAUAAAGUCAGAUGAAUUAUUGGUACCUCUAAACAAAGAAGAAAAUGUUGAAAAUGAAAAUAUAGAAUUUGAUGAAGAUGAAGGAAUUGAAGAUGAUGAUGAAGAUGAUGAUGAUAGUGGCUGGAUAACACCAUCAAAUCUUAAAAUAGCUAAGCAACAAGUGAAUUCUGAAUUAAUGGAAGAAAAGAAUGUAGAAGUAGCUUGUAUCACAACAGAUUUUGCUAUGCAGAAUGUACUUCGCCAAAUGAACCUUAAUGUUGCAGCUCUGGAUGGUAGGCUUAUAAAACAGUUAAGGACAUAUAUUCUUCGUUGUUAUGCUUGUUUCAAGACAACAAGCAUUAUGACAAAGAAGUUUUGUCCAAAAUGUGGAAAUGAUACAUUGAAAAAAGUAGCAGUAUCUUUGGAUGAAAAUGGAAAAAUUCAGAUACACAUCAAUGCCAGAAGACCUUUGACAGGUAGAGGAAAAAAGUUUAGUUUACCCAGAAUAAAGGGUGGUAAACAUCCAAAUAAUCCAAUACUUGUUGAAGAUCAACCAAUGCCAGAUAAUAGGCAAACUAGACUUGCAAGAACUAAAACUAAUCCUUUAGAUGAUGACUAUAUUGCAGGAUUUUCACCGUUUGUUAUGAGGGAUAUCAAUUCUAAAUCAGCACAGUUGGGUAUAAGACCUGGGCAAGAAUUCAAAUAUUGGAUGAGCAAAAAUCCUAAUGAAGCCAGAAGACGAAAAAAAUAAUAUAGACAUACCUAUUUAAGAUUAAUUAUUAAAAUUUGAUUUAUUUUCCGUUUUAUUUUUUAGUUAAUAAUUUGUAAAUAUAUUUAUGAUGGGUCAAUACAAGGCUAAAAAAAUUAUGUUUAAAACUAAACAAUAAAAAGGUUUCGAGUCUUAUAA